AUGCCUUCAAGAUAACUUCCGGAAGCAGCUGCCAUGGCUGCCAGGGAGGAGGUUCUUGCCUUGCAGGCUGAAGUUGCCCGGCGUGAGGAGGAGCUGAGUUCCCUGAAGCAGAGACUGGCGGCUGCUCUUUUGACGGAGGACGAGCCAGCGCCGCGGGUUCCGGUGUCGCCCCUGCCGCCGAAGGCCGCCCUGUCCCGAGAUGAGAUCCUGCGUGCUGGGCUCGGCUGCCCACUGGCGCAGUACCUUGCCGCGGCCGGCGUGGGCCGCCUUGGUCUUGUGGACUACGACGUCGUGGAAAUGAGCAACCUGGCCCGCCAGGUGCUGCAUGGCGAGGCCCUGGCCGGCCAGGCCAAGGUCUUCUCGGCUGCCGCCUCGCUGCGCCGGCUCAACUCAGCCGUGGAGUGCGUGCCUUAUGCUCAGGCUCUCACUCCAGCCACGGCCCUCGACCUCGUGCGCCGUUACGACGUGGUGGCUGACUGCUCCGACAACGUGCCCACUCGCUACCUGGUUAGCGACGCGUGUGUGCUGGCUGGCCGGCCUCUGGUAUCCGCCAGCGCCCUGCGCUUUGAGGGCCAAAUCACCGUCUACCACUACGACGGCGGGCCUUGCUACCGCUGCCUGUUCCCCCAGCCACCUCCCGCGGAGACGGUGACCAGCUGCGCGGAUGGCGGGGUGCUCGGUGUUGUAACGGGGAUCCUGGGCUGCCUGCAGGCGCUGGAAGUGUUGAAGAUCGCCGCAGGUAUGGGCCCCUCUUACAGCGGCAGCCUGUUGCUCUUCGACGCUCUCGGAGGACAUUUCCGCUGCAUUCGGCUGCGGAGCCGCAGGCCGGAUUGUGCAGCUUGCGGAGAGCGGCCCACGGUGACCGACCUGCAGGACUAUGAAGCCUUCUGUGGCUCCUCGGCCACGGAUAAAUGCCGCUCCCUUCGGUUGCUGAGCCCGGAGGAGCGCGUUUCGGUCAGCGACUAUAAGCGCCUUCUGGAUUCUGGGUCACCCCACCUGUUGCUGGACGUCAGGCCUCAAGUGGAGGUGGACAUCUGUCGUUUGCCUCAUGCUCUGCACAUCCCUUUGAAGCAUUUGGAACGGAGGGAUGGGAAGAGCCUGAAACUCUUGGGAGAAGCAAUCCAGGAAGGGAAGCGAGGCGCGCAGGAGGGAGCAGCUCUCCCCAUCUAUGUGAUUUGCAAACUGGGCAACGACUCCCAGAAAGCCGUGAAGAUCCUGCAGUCCUUGACAGCAAUCCCAGAGUUAGGCUCGCUAGCAGUUCAGGAUGUGGUGGGGGGGCUCAUGGCCUGGGCUGCCAAGAUCGAUGAGACAUUUCCGCAGUACUGAGGUGGCUGAUAUGUAUAUAUAUACAUAGUCUGACCUGAGAAAAAUGUGCGUUACCAUGUUAACCUUAAAGAUACAUUUAUUUCCAUUUUUCUCAGUAAUGUACAAAGACUGGAUUCUGCACCUGUGAAUGCAUAGAUUUCUUUUUAUAAGGGGAUUUUUAAUGGUAAUUUAUUGAAUGAUACAGUUGUUGAGGGCCUAUAAAACUGUUUCUGAGCACUGUCUUGUAUUUUCAAUACUUGGAGGGUGUCUUGGACAGGUGAGGUAUAUUAUAAGUGACAGGAGUUUUUUGUGUUUUAAUUUGCAGAUCAUUUGCCUGUCUUCCUUUUUUCCCACCUCCCCCAAAAGACUCUCUAAAUGGUCUAUUUUAGGCCCAGAAUUAAGUUGUUGUAAACUUAGUCCUACCGAAUUGAUUGCAGAUGAUAUACAUAAGAUCAGUUUAUUGUUUAUGAAAGGCAUUCUUUGGGUCUUAUUUCUACUUCAAAUGAUAGAAUAUAUCCUACAGAACUAAGUGUUAAGGUGAAAAUUGUCUUAAUUAUCUGGAAAGUGAUCAUUACAUAUUUUGAAUUCAUAUAAAAGUGAAGUAUUUACAGGUUAGCAAGAAAAAGGAAACCACCUUCACAGUAUGUCAGUUUCUCUUAUAAGUUGCUGAUUUUUUUCGUAAAGUUAACUUCAGGGCCCACCCUAUGUUGUACACAUAACAUUUUAUAAACUGUAUACUAUCGUUUGGCUUGCUUUGGAUUCUUCAGGUCCACGUUCCGAACCUCUGCCCUUUCCCAUCCAGUCUGUUAUAUUUAUUGUUGGCUUCACUGUAUAGUCAGGACCCCAAAUACAACACUGAGUUAAGGUGGAAUGGUGAACAUUCUUAUCUCAGGCUCAGGUGAAAGACUGAUGAUUUGAUCAGUAUUGCUUAUUAUUGCUUUACUAUAAAUACCCUUCAUCAAAUUAA